CUGCAGGAGCCGCUCUGCAACGGCAAAGCACACGGAGCCCAAAGCCCUCGCCGCCGCACGCCCGCACCAUGCCGCCGCCGCCGCCGGUGCUGCUGGACGAGCUCCUCGAGGAGGUCUUCCUCCGCCUCCCGCCGGACGAGCCAGAACACCUCAUCCGCGCCUCCUCCGUCUGCAGGCCGUGGCGCCGCAUCCUCGCCGGCCGCGGAUUCCGCCGCCGCUACCUCGAGAUCCACGGGACGCCUCCCGUGCUGGGGCUCCUCCGUAACGGUGGAAGCACAUACCCUCUCGGAUCCGGCUUCGUCCCCACCUCCGCCUUCCGCCCCGCCGAGCUCGACCUUCCCGGCUGGUCUGCCGUUGACUGCCGCCAUGGCCGCGCCCUCUUCUUUCCAUCUCCCACGAGAAUCAAGGACGUCUAUGGCCUCCUCGUCUGGGACCCUGUGACGGGCGACCAGCGCCACGUGCCCUCGCCGGACAUGAACUUCAGAUUGGGCUUCGGCGCGGCGGCGGCGGUGGUCUGCGCCGCUGAAGGCUGCGACCACUGCGGCUGCCAUGGAGGGCCGUUCCGUGUGGCGGCCGUGUUCGCCGGUGCGGGCCAAGAGAUAUCCGCCCGUCUCUACUCUUCAGAGACGGGCACGUGGAGCGAACUGACCUCAGUUCAUCACCCCUAUCACCCCCCAUAUUCCUGCGCCAACAAUAUGCGUAGCGUCCUUGUGGGCGAUGCAUUGUACUUCAUAAGCUUGAAGAACCAAAUCAUCGAGUACCGACUUGGUACACUUGGCUUGUCACUGUUUGAUUUGCUGCCUGAGGGUAAGUCCAUGUUUCUUGGGAUGCUCAUGACGGCAGAAGAUGGUGGGCUGGGGUUUGCUAAACCGGAAGGUACGACCCUAACCCUGUGGUCGAGGGACACCAGCCCCAAUGGAGCUGUAGGGUGGGCACAACACCGGGUAAUCAAUCUCGAGACAGUGCUCCCUCGUGGUGCCCUCUCAAUCCCGUUUGAGUCGUGCAUGAUAUGGUUGGUUGGUUUCAUGGAGGGCACCCAAGUCAUUUUCAUAGGCAUAUAUGCUACUGUCUACAUGGUUGAACUCAAGUCAGGGCGAGCGAGGAAGGUGCUUGAUCAGGGUAUGGAUGUCUAUCCGUACAUGAGCUUUCCAGGCGAAGAGGUCUGCGCCUACGUCCGCACCGAAGAAGAAGAAGAGACGUUGCCGGUUCCGGUCGCCCACUGUAUAAAGGGUGAUAAUGCAGCAGUUCUGCCGCCGGGGCUGCAGGAUUCAGGCACGGGGCGCGAACGGUGCUGUUACAGCAGCUCGUCCCGGCUCGUCGUCGCCGAAUCAGCCAAUGGCGGCGGCGGCAAGCUGCUGUUGGUUCGCCGGCGAUUCUGCACCACCUUCAACGUGCUCGUGGCGGACCUGGACGCCUCAAGGUGGACGGAGGCUACGAGCUCGAGGCUGGAGGAGCAGCUCUUCUUCGUCAGCGCCAGCUGCUCCAAGGCGGUGCGCCCGUCGCGGUACGGCGCCGUUGGAGGGGCCCGCAUCUUCAUCGCCAAUGACUACUCGCACAAACUGGUGCUUCCGGAUUUCCAUGGAAGUACGACAAGAUAGACGAGGGCGUUGGUGUGUAUGAGCUCAGCACCGGGGUGUUUGAUCAUAAGCUUCUCCCGGACGGGGCGUGCGAUAGGUGCUGUGACUUCGCGGGGAACCUGUUCUUCCCUUCGUUUCUUUCCUACUCGAAGUGGGAUUUCCAGAUUGUUCUUUUAAGAAAAUGCGCCCCGGCCAUGUAGCACUUGAGAGUCGAAGUGCUCAGUUUCAACAACAGAAAAAAAAAGGAGUCGAAUUGGGGCUUGUCAUGCUGAAAGAACAGUGUGGAAAUUCAAUUUCGAACUUGCCUUCAGAAUGGCAUACCAAAGUUCCUGCAAAAAUGCCUUUCCCACCAUAGGUGGGCAAUCUUCCUC